AUGGGUACGAUUUCCAAGUCUACAAACUCUCUUGCUUUCUUCUUCAAUCAUUAUUCUCAUCUUAGGGUUUCUUCCAAUGCUCAAAUUUUUUAUUAUUAUUGUCGUUGUUUUAGUGCUACUUCUGCUAAAAAUCCCAAUAGUGGUAGACGUAAUGUGGAAAGCCCCAAUCAGUUCUUGAAAUCUGUCAGAGAUCGAUGCAGAUCUCGCAGCUUUAGGAAUCUUGAUGAUGCCUUAGGCGUGUUUGAUAGAAUGCUUCACAUGCACCCUUUGCCUUCCCUCAUGGAUUUUAAUCAAUUGCUGAGUGCAAUCGCAAGAAUGAAGCAUCACUCAACUGUUAUUACUUUGAUUAAAGAAAUGGAACUGUCAGGAAUUGCUCCCGAUGAUUAUAUUCUGACUGUUUUGAUUAAUUGCUUCUGCCAUUUGAACCGGAUGGAUUUCGGCUUCUCUAUUUUAGCAAGAAUUUUGAAGCUUGGUUUACAACCAAACUGUAUAAUUCUUACUACUCUUGUCAAGGGGUUUUGUAUUCAGGGUAAAAUUACUGAAGCUGUUAAGUUGGUCAACAAAAUGGAGAAGAUAGGCUACAAACCUGAUAUAGUUACCUAUGGAACCAUAGUGAAUUGUUUGUGUAAAAUAGGUAAGACCGGUGAAGCUAUUGGGUUGCUUCGGAAAAUGGAAGAAAGAAAUCUUGAACUUAAUGUAGUGUUGUAUAGCACAAUCAUUGAUAGUUUAUGUAAGGACAGAUUGGUAACUGAAGCUUUGAUUAUUUUCUCUGAAAUGACAAAUAGAGGAAUUCAGCCCGACGUUCUCACUUACACUUCUUUAAUUCAAGGCCUAUGCAAUUUCGGUCGGUGGAAGGAGGCAACUAAACUAUGGAAUGAGAUGGGGGAAAGGAAAAUCAUGCCUGAUUUGCAUACAUUCAGCAUAUUGGUGGACACACUUGGCAAAGAAGGGAAGUUGACAGAGGCUGAAGAAAUUUUUGAUGUGAUGAUUCAGAGAGGCAUAAAGCCUGAUGUAGUCACGUACAAUUCUUUGAUUGAUGGUUAUUGUUUGCAAAAUAAAAUGGAUGAAGCUACCAAAGCAUUUAAUAUGAUGGUUUGAAACGGUUGUUUGCCUUCUGUUGUUAGCUAUAACAUAUUGAUCAAUGGAUAUUGUAAGAAUAGAAAAAUUGAUGAGGCAAUA